UAAAAGUUCAGUUAAAAAAAUUUACGUGAUUAUUUUACAUAAAAAAAUAUUAAGAGAGUGCAAAAAAAGACGACUGCAUUCAACAGUCUUCUUCGGCUUAAACACUGACACGGCGCAAUGAUAUAUCAGAUCAUUAACUUGCUAGCAACUUCGAAACCAGAUCCAUUACCAUCCUUUUCCUUCGAUUUCAAUUUUAACCAGUCUGUUGGUUCCUAUUUUUCCAAGAAUGGCAGAUGCGCUUGUUUCCGCUAUCUUGGGGCAGCUAGCAACCAUCGGCAGGACAGGAGGUUAAACUGGUCACUGGUGUUGACAAAGAAAUCAACAAGCUCAAGAGCAAUCUUGAGUCCAUCCAGGCUUUGCUUCUUGAUGCUGAGGAAAGGCAGAUCGAGGAUAGAAGCAUCCGGAAUUGGUUGACCAAGCUUAAAGAAGUAUGUUAUGACAUGGAGGAUGUGUUGGAUGAGUGGAACACUGCUUUUUAAAGUUCAAAAUUGAUGACGCAGAUCCGGAAAACUUUGAUCAUUCCAAGGGAAAGGUUCCCUUGCUAGCGAGGAGAAGAGGACGUUCCUGAUUCCCCAGAAUAAACAAAUUGGAAACUG